AAGGGGAGGGCAAUGGGCGGGGCCGCGGCGUUUCGGCUGUAACGGGACCGGACCAUUAAAGGCUCCCCCGGGGGAGCGGCGAGAACGAGUCAUUACAUCACCGCAGGGGCAGGGCCCCGCCCUAUGACGUCACGGCCAGCCCCGCCCCCCCACGCAUGGCGGCGGAGGAGGGGAAGUUGUUCGUGGGGGGCCUCAACUACGACACGGACGAGCAGGGCCUGGAGCAGCACUUCAGCUCCUUCGGGCCCAUCUCCGAGGUGGUGGUGGUGAAGGACAGGGAGACCCAGCGCUCGCGCGGCUUCGGCUUCGUCACCUUCAGCAACCCUGAGCACGCCAGCGACGCCAUGCAGGCCAUGAACGGCGAGUGCCUGGACGGGCGGCAGAUCCGCGUCGACCACGCCGGGAAAUCGCCCCGGGGGGCCCGGGGGGGCUUCGGGGGCGGCCGCGGCCGGGCCAGGGGCUACGGCCGGGGAGGAGGCGACCGAGGCUACGGCGGCCGCUACGACGGGCGCAGCGCGGGCGGCUACGGGGGGGGCCGGGACUACGGCGGCCGGCAGGGGGGCUACGGCGAGCGCUUCCCCUCGGCCUCGUACCGGGACAACUACGACAACUGAGCUCGGAGCCUCGUGCUGGAUUUUGGGGGGGCCCCUCCCCCCCCCCGGGCCGCGGAUGGACGCCGAGGGGGGGUUGGGGUGCGGUGGGGGGAGGGGAAAGGGGGGGGGGGGACACCCCGAAUUUGUAGCCCCAGGUGUGACAUUAAAGGACAGAGCCCCCCCC